CUUGGUCUCCACAUUCACAGGCGUCCGUGUCUGAGAGCCAUGCGAACACGGCUCGGCCUCGCGACCCAAAGCAAGCAAAGGGACUGAUCUCCCCCGGCGCUUCGUGAGAUACCACUGUCCAAUGUACUGGUGGGCGUGUACGCCAUUGCCUAUCAGCCGUGCAGCGUACGAUGCUCUUCCACUUCGCGAGAGCGUGGUUCGGCGAGUGGCUGGCUGGCUGCCUCGCCCGCCUCCGAGGCCACGUCCAACGACCCGCUGCUGGAGACUGGGGGCCAGGAUCCAUCUAUUGCCGCCAAGGAUGCGGCAGUGGUUGGCUUCGGGUGGGUGUCACAGUCGACACGCGUCGCACGAUAGACUGUGCGCUGGCCAUGAGCGAGCCGAGCCAGGGAUGUCGACAAGGCUUCCUGGUCGCGAAUCGUCGUAGACAGGACAUGGCCUGUGCUUUUCCCAACCCCGCGCCAGCCACUUCUCCUCACUCACGAUGCCGAAGACAGUGCCUCAAUCUUUGUCCUCUCCUUGGCCAGUUUACAUGUUUUCGAAGUCCACCCGGACACGGAGAACGUGCGAAUAGGGAAACCCGCGCUUUCCAGGGUCAGAACAAGUGGCCCUUGCUAGUUACUUGUAGUACAAGGCCAACCGCCUGCCUCAGCUGCAUUUGGCGCAGGGAGCCAGGGUGAGGGGCCGCCGCUCGUGGGUCACCGUACUGGCAUGGAGGACCUUUUGAAUGCUUCAGGGGCUUCUGCUGACGGACGGCG